CUUUUUGUUAGCCAUCAACUUCAAUCAACGUCAAGGUAUUAUUUUUGUGAUUUGUGUGUGUGAUCGUAAAAUCUAUUUACUUUAUUUUAACUUAUUGUUAAAUUUGUUAAUUUUUAACUUUUAUCGAGAUGUCUUGUCGUAAUGCAUCUCACGCUGGCAGCUGGUACACUGAGAAUGGCAGCGAGCUGUCAAGACAGCUGGACCUCUGGCUGUCCAAAGCGGAUUUGACCCACGGCCCGGCGCGCGCCAUCAUUGCCCCGCACGCUGGCUACUCUUACUGCGGCGCUUGCGCAGCAUUCGCGUACAGACAAGUCAGUCCUGUCGUUGUCAAACGCAUAUUCAUCUUGGGUCCCUCCCACCAUGUGCGGCUGGGGGGCUGUGCGCUGUCCUCGCUGGACAAGUACCAGACGCCGCUCUAUGACCUCACCAUAGACAAACAGAUAUACGCGGAGCUGGAGGCGACGCGUCAGUUCUCGCGGAUGGACGCGCAGACGGACGAGGAUGAGCACUCUAUCGAGAUGCACCUGCCAUACAUCGCUAAGGUCAUGGAGGAAUACAAGACUGGAUUUACAAUCAUACCUAUAUUAGUGGGAUCUCUGACGCCCGAUAAGGAGGCUAAAUACGGCGCCAUCUUGGCCCCUUACCUGGCGGACCCGCAGAACCUGCUGGUGAUCUCGUCGGACUUCUGUCACUGGGGCGCGCGCUUCCGCUACACGUGGCGCGACGCUGAGCGGGGGCACAUACACCAGGGCAUCGAGUGGCUCGACCGACAGGGUAUGGACAUAAUCGAAAAAAUGGAUCCCCGCGCGUUCACAGAGUACCUCAAUAUGUAUGCGAACACAAUAUGCGGUCGGCAUCCCAUCGGGGUAUUACUACAGGCAAUAGCAAAGCUGCAAACGCAACGGAACUGCCCCAAAAUGACAAUGAAGUUCUUGAAAUACGCUCAAUCUUCACAGUGUAUGACCCCGCAGGAUUCCUCCGUGUCUUAUGCUAGCGCGUCUCUGGUUAUCGAAUAACGGGAAUUUUGGGAAAUAUCAGUUAAUGUUAAGAGGCAAUAUUGGAAAUCACUCCUUUCGGUGUAAAAUCUGUGUUCUACGCUAGCGCUUUAUUUUCAAAUAAACGGAUUAGAUUGGGAAUUAAAAAUUUGGUGGUUUAACACAUUAUCUGCUGUCAGGUAGUAAGAAUUUGCAGCUAAAAGCGCUAAAAGUUGUCAAAAUACGUUUAAAACAAAAAAUAUAUAUAUUAUCUUUUUACUAGAUUUCCAAAACUUAACACGUACUGAGGUUUAGAAGACUAUAAAAAUCACCUAUUCUCAAAGUAUGAAUUGGAAUAUAUUUGGAAGCAUGUAUCUUUAAUAGUGAUGUUUAUCUGUAUGGUAAAAUGUUACACUAUAACAAUGAACUUAUGGGCCGUGGUUAUCAUGAUAAUUGUAAUAUAGGAAAUAAUUUACUUCAAAUUAUUUUCUAGUAUUAUUUUAGAUCUUCUCAUAAUUUUAUGAAUGAAACAAUUGUUUUUUUCAAAAUUUCUUGAUAUUUUAUUAACAUAGAAAAAAACUGCUGACCUUUUUUUGAUUUAAAAAUAAAUAUUUUAGUCCUAUGUGUUUUCCCUUAUAAAACUUGAUAUUGAAAAAAAGAUUUAUCCAGAAAAAUCAUGUAUCUAAAAUAUUACUUUUUAUACAAUAUUAGGGUCAAAAUAUAUGUUAAAUAUCCUCUAAAUAAAACAAAAAUACAAUUUGUAUGUCUGUAACAUUAUACCAUACUUAUAUUUGAGCUUUUUAUGAGAAUAUGCUAUCUCUGUUAGUACGUAAGUGAGAAUAAUUCUAUAUUAUUAUAUUUAUAUGUUAUGAACUACCAAACAAACAAAAAAAUAAAAAAUACAAUUCUGCGAAAAUAUUAUACUUGUAAUGUACUUGUAACUUCGAAUACUGCCAUAACAUAUAAUUAUAUUCAAAAAAUAUGUCGUAACGUUUUAUAGGUACGCAAUAUGUCUUGAGGGAAUGCAGCAUAAUAUGUAAAAUAACAAAAUAUAUUUAACAGACAAUGUCUACUCUCCAAUCAGUCAAAUCAUAUACUUUUUUGAAUGUCAUAAACGAAAUUUUAUAUGGUGCUUGUGUGACAGUAAUGUUUUGUGACGUCACGGAUUUUGGAGUCGAAAAGCUUUUUUGAUAAUUUAAUGAUACCGAAAAAAUUGUAAAUCUCGUAAUUAAUACAACUGAUCAAUUAAAGUGACAUUUGACUAUUGUAUUUGAUUAUUUAAAUACGCAGUCACAUCGCCAGUUGUAAUGAAAUCUAAAAUUCAAAUUUUUAUUUUGCAAAAUAUUUGGAGGUAGCAUUGUAUUUUGUUAAUAAUAUAUAGAAUGAUUUUAUUGGCCGUACAAAUAUUAUAAAGGGUAAUUUUUUUUUUAUUUGUAAUGAAUAAAAUUAAAAACUACUGGGCCGAUUUUUGUGAACAUUGGCCCGGAGACAGACGAAACCUUCAUGAGUGACAUAGGACAUACUUUUUAUUAUGGUUUUACUCGACCGAUGCCGGGACGGGCCUCUAGUGUUUAUAUAACAUUGGAUUUGUUUAACUAUAUGAAUCUGUUUGAGAUAAAAAUAUAUGGUAAGUCAAGGAGAAGGAAAUAUUGAUUUUAAAUCUCAUUAUCUCCUGUACUAUAAGAAUAAUGGUUGUACAAGUAGUGUUAUGCCUUCAUAUAUACAUAUAUAGUAGAUUUCUAUUGUACUGGAUGAUGUAUAAAUAUGUCAACGAAAAAAUGUAUCGUAGUAAUGUCGAAUAUACAAAUUGUCUUUUUUAUGUUUUCUUAAUACUUUAAAUUCAUAUUGUAAACAAGCUGUUGCCGCUCCGCUCGCGGUGGCGGUCAAUGACCAGGGGUCAAACAUAUUUUUGACCACAGGUCAUUGACUAGGUAUAUCUAUUGAAAAUUUCAUCUAAAUUGGCCCAGCGUUGUUUAGCCGUGAAAACGUGACAGACUUUCACAUUUAAAAUAUUAGUGUGGAUGUGGAAGUGUGUUUGUUAGUUAUGAAGGUUGCUGGUAACAUGGCAGCUUUUUGCCGCGGGCGAAGCUGCGCACAACAGCUAGUAUGUAGUAGACUAUAAGAUAAGCAAUUCGGUCUCAAAUAAGCAUUUAUUUUGUAAAAUAAAUUGCAAAUAAUUAAAUA